AUGAAGCGAACAAAUCAGUCCAGGCAGAAGUGCAGAAGAGUCAAGAACAUAAAUCAGGAAGGUGAAAUGGAAGGUGAGGCAGUCGAAGCUAUCGUGGAGGAAUCGGAAACUUUUAUUAAAGUAACCUAUCAGAGGCGCCGCGAGGGUGGGCAGGAGGACGAUGCUUGUCACCUCCCGCCCAACCAGGCGGACGGAGGCGAGGUGGUGCAGGACGUCAACAGCGGCGUCCAGAUGGUGAUGAUGGAACAGCUGGAUCCAACCCUCCUGCAGAUGAAGACCGAAGUGAUGGAAGGCGCCGUGCCUCAAGAAACGGAGGCCACGGUGGAUGACACGCAGAUCAUAACGCUUCAGGUUGUCAAUAUGGAAGAGCAGCCUAUAAACCUUGGGGAGCUUCAGCUGGUCCAAGUACCCGUACCAGUGACUGUACCUGUUGCCACCACGUCCGUGGAAGAACUUCAGGGAGCUUACGAGAACGAGGUUUCCAAAGGAGGCCUGCAAGAAGGGGAGCCCAUGAUCUGUCACACCCUCCCUUUACCAGAAGGUUUCCAGGUAGUGAAAGUGGGGGCAAACGGCGAGGUGGAGACGCUGGAACAAGGGGAACUUCAGCCACAAGAAGAUCCCAAUUGGCAAAAAGAUCCAGACUAUCAGCCGCCGGCCAAAAAAACAAAGAAAAACAAAAAGAGUAAGCUUCGCUACACCGAGGAGGGCAAAGACGUCGACGUCUCCGUGUAUGACUUCGAAGAGGAGCAGCAGGAGGGUUUGUUGUCCGAGGUCAACGCGGAGAAGGUGGUGGGCAAUAUGAAGCCACCUAAACCCACGAAAAUUAAAAAGAAAGGUGUAAAGAAGACAUUCCAGUGCGAACUGUGCAGUUACACUUGUCCGCGUCGUUCCAACUUGGACCGUCACAUGAAGAGCCACACCGACGAAAGGCCGCACAAGUGCCACCUCUGCGGCAGAGCGUUCCGGACGGUCACGUUGCUGAGGAACCACCUCAACACUCACACAGGUACUCGCCCUCACAAGUGCCCAGACUGCGACAUGGCCUUUGUGACCAGCGGAGAAUUGGUUCGACAUCGCCGCUACAAACACACCCAUGAGAAACCAUUCAAAUGUUCAAUGUGUGAUUACGCUAGCGUGGAGGUUAGCAAAUUGAAACGCCACAUCCGUUCUCACACCGGAGAGCGUCCGUUCCAGUGCAGCUUGUGCAGCUACGCCAGCAGGGACACCUACAAACUGAAGAGGCACAUGAGGACCCACUCUGGAGAGAAGCCAUAUGAAUGUUACAUCUGCCACGCUCGCUUCACUCAGAGCGGCACCAUGAAGAUGCACAUUCUGCAGAAGCACACGGAGAACGUGGCCAAAUUUCACUGUCCUCACUGUGAUACCGUUAUAGCCAGGAAGAGCGACUUGGGUGUCCAUUUGCGAAAGCAGCAUUCCUACAUCGAGCAGGGCAAGAAGUGUCGCUACUGCGACGCCGUGUUUCACGAGCGGUAUGCCCUCAUCCAGCAUCAAAAGUCCCACAAGAACGAGAAGCGCUUCAAGUGUGACCAGUGCGACUACGCGUGCAGACAGGAGCGGCACAUGGUCAUGCAUAAACGGACCCACACUGGAGAAAAGCCUUACGCCUGUAGCCAUUGCGAUAAAACCUUCCGGCAGAAACAGCUCCUAGAUAUGCACUUCAAACGAUACCACGAUCCCAACUUCGUCCCCGCUGCCUUUGUCUGUUCCAAGUGUGGAAAAACGUUCACUCGCAGGAACACGAUGGCCAGACACGCCGAUAACUGCUCUGGCCUAGAUGGUGGGGAAGGAGAGAACGGAGGAGAAACGAAGAAGGGCAAACGUGGCCGAAAGAGGAAGAUGCGGUCUAAGAAAGAAGAUUCCUCUGACAGCGGUAAGGAUUUUGAACCGGAUCUGGAUGAUAACGAAGACGAGGAAGAAACAGCAGUCGAAAUUGAGGCAGAACCAGAAGUGGAGCAAGAGGCUCCUGCCCCACCUCCCAGUAAGAAACGAAGAGGAAGACCACCGGGCAAAGCUGCCACCCAACCAAAACAAUCCCAGCCUGCAGCAAUCAUUCAGGUUGAAGACCAGAACACUGGUGAAAUCGAAAAUAUUAUAGUCGAAGUAAAGAAAGAGCCUGAUGCCGAAACGGUAGAGGAAGAGGAGGAAGCUCAGCCUGCUGUAGUGGAAGCUCCCAACGGAGACCUCACUCCUGAGAUGAUUCUCAGCAUGAUGGACCGGUGAUGGAGGAAAACCACGCUGGCUCACUGAACUGGCCUGGGCUGUGUUUAAGCGGCUCAAAUCUAUUUUUUUUUUCCUUUUACCCUUUUAUUUUUUUUUUUUUUCCCCUUGGCUUUGGGAAACCCAUCAUUUUAGACCCAUUUUACCAAACGUGACUGGGAAAACUUCAAAAUGAUGUUUAGGAUGUGAUUUAACUAGAACUCGCUGGUUUUAUGUUAGCAUUUACAGGAUCA